AUGCAAAGGAUGUCAUACAAGCCACAAUUACAACAAUCAUCUGGACCUACUGGAUUUAUUAGUAAUUUCAGUAUACAAUCUAUGCUGAAUUUAUCCGAUGAACAAGACACCAAUGAAAUUAUCACUCAGAAUGAUGUUAUAAAAGAAAAUAUGACAAAUGAUCUAUCAUUUUUCAAUUCAUAUAAUUCCUCCUCUGAAAUGACUACCUCCUCAAUGACUACUAUUCAACAAAAACCCUGGAAACAAAAUGACUUCAGUAAAAAUAGACAGAACAUUAAAGCUGAUGAUAUUUUUCAUAAUUAUCCUUCUCAUCAUCAUCAUCAUCAAUUUGAUCAUGGAUCACCAAGUUCUUCUACAUGGAAUAAUUCUUUCAAUUCAAAUGACAAUAUAAUCACAUCGAUGUCAUCAAUUUCUUCAAGAUAUUCAACUAAUCCAAUGAGAUUAUUACCAUCACCACAAGGAAUUAUCGAUGAAAAUGCUGAAUGA